UCAACACCGAGCGGUAACCACUACUCGCAGUUUAUUGGGUCUAAAAUGUUGAAAUCGUCGCUGAAACUGGUGAGACACCAAUCCACGGUAACACCUCACUAUGGAGUUCCGAAGUUUCCGUCGUUGGAGGCUUUCAAACAGGAGGGCAUCAAGGGCCUGUUGUCGCAGGAGGCAUUCCAACAGGGCUACGUGUCGAGAUGUGUUGGGCUGAGCAACAAGCUGAACAGAGCGGUUGCUAAGCACUCCAUCCAGCCUGUUGAUCUGGAUACGCUGGUGAUCUCGAACGCCAAGAGCGCUACGAAGAAGGACAUCUUCAACAAUGCGUCAUUGUUGAGAAACGUCUCCUUUGCGAUGAGUUCCUUGGGUGUUGCUAGAGGGGAACAAGUUACGAUUCCAAAGAGAUUGACCGCAGCGGACAUGAUGAAGACGCCAUCCGUCUCAUUGGAGUUCGACAACCACCCACCUGCGAACGCCAAGUUUGAGAAGGUCAUUUCACAGUCGUUUGGUUCCUUAUUAGAGCUGAAGACGUUAUUGUUGGAGAGUGCCAACGCCAUCAAUGGUGACGGCUUCACAUGGCUUGUUGCCGUCGAAGCAGAUUCGCUAACAAAAUCCAAGAACCCUGGCUUCAUGUACAGCUCAUUGGCUGUGUUGAACACGUAUAACGCUGGAGUUCCAGAGAAUAACUGCCGUUUCGGUCAAUUGACAAACUAUUCGUUGGAGAACAAGGAGCAAAAGCUGACACAGAGGGUUUACCCAACUGUUGAGGAGGCUCAGAGAAAGACUGAAGUGAUUGGACAAACCUACCAUCCAUUAUUAUGCAUAGAUGCAAGUCCAAAGGUCUGGUUGCAAGACUACGGUGUAUUCGGCAAGAAAGAGUACUUGGAGCAGGUGUGGAGAUGUAUCGACUGGGACGUUGUUCUAAGCAGAUUACCUGGUGACGGUAGCAAUAAGGUGAAACUCGUAUAAGACACUUGUGCUUUAUUAUAUGUACAUAGAUAGAUUAUUACUUUUUUGUAAAUAGCAUAAUAAUCUACAAAACUUGUAGGAAUU